AAAAGACUCAAAACUCUGGCAUGUUUUAUGAAUAUUAAACUUAAUUAUCACCACUUACGUUGGAGUCAGACAUUUACGAAUUAAGUGCAGAAGAAGAAGAGAAACAAGAUCCAAGAGCCUGACUCAUAGUAAUCCCUUAGUCCAUUAAAAAUUUCAUAAGAUAUGGGGUUUUGGUCAUUGUUGGAGGUGGCUUCUAUGCCAGUGAUUCAAGUCCUCGUCAUAAGUCUUGUUGGAGCUUACUUGGCCACUGAUCGAUGCAAGCUCUUUCCCGCUGAAGCCCGCAAUUCCAUGAACAAGGUGGUGUUUGUAAUAUUUGCCCCAGCUCUCAUGUUUGCAAAUCUAGCCCAGACGGUCACACUUCAGGACAUGAUCUCAUGGUGGUUUAUGCCGGUUAACAUGGGACUUACAUUCUUAAUCGGAGGACUUCUUGGUUGGAUGGUUGUUAAGAUUCUGAAACCGCCUCCGUAUCUUGAAGGUCUUAUUGUUGCAACUUGUUCCUCAGGAAAUAUGGGGAAUCUACCAAUAAUACUUGUCCCAGCAAUAUGCGACGAGGACAAGAGUCCAUUUGGUAACAGGAGUGUAUGCAGAACCGUGGGGCUCUCUUACGCAUCUUUCUCCAUGGCGCUAGGGGGUUUCUACAUAUGGACUUACACAUUCCGGCUUAUAAAAGGGUCGGCAAUGAAAUUCAAAGAGAUAGAAUCCGAGAAAACAUCAAUCAAAUCAUCCAAUGGUGACUUAGAGGCUGACCACAAGACCAAACUUCUAGGUGCACCUGAAGCGGAGAUGGUAAAAGAAGAGACAGGGUUCUGGAGGAAAGUAGUAGACUUCCUCCAUGAGAUAUUGGAGGAGCUUCGCGCACCACCUACAGUUGGUGCAAUUAUUGGUUUCAUAUUCGGUGCUGUUACAUGGCUCAGAAAUCUUAUCAUUGGUGAUGAUGCUCCUUUAAGAAUAGUCCAGGCCACAGCAAAACUUCUUGGCGAUGGAACCAUUCCUUGUAUGACAAUUAUACUAGGAGGGAACCUCAUACAAGGUUUACGUUCUUCGGCAGUCAAACCAGUGGUUGUUCUUGGAAUAGUUUGUGUUCGGUACAUUAUUCUCCCUAUCAUUGGCAUAGGCAUUGUCAAAUCAGCUGAGAGUUUUGGGUUUCUCCCAGCUGAUCCUCUGUUUCAGUAUGUUUUAAUGCUUCAGUUUACACUGCCUCCAGCCAUGAAUAUCGGUACCAUGACACAGCUGUAUAAUGUUGGACAAGACGAGUGCUCAGUGCUCAUGCUCUGGACAUACUUGAUUGCGAUUCUUGCCCUCACUGUUUGGUCCACUAUCUUCCUUCACUUGUUAGUCUAGACAAAGCCUGCAGCGAUUCUAUGCGAGCACAAUAGAGAGUGAGGAAGACAAAUGCUAAUGUGCUCCCUCGUCAAGGGAUCUUUACCAUUCUUUUUUUGUCUAUCAAAAAAAUAAACUUGAUCAUACUUGAUAGAUUCUUCUGGUUGCAUUUCUACAUCUAUUCAUUUCCCCCAUCUCAAACGCAGAUAUUGUAUCAUGUAUUACAUCAGUUUAAUGGAAAAGGUUGUUAUAA